CCUUCAUUUUUUUAUAUCAUUGCAAACUUCACGUGUAAAUUAUUCAGAAGUUUUCCUUGAACCACAAAAUUUUAUGUGAAUAAUAUAAAAUUACUAUGGAAAUAGAUGAAAAUGUUUCUCGAAUCAGUUUAACACUCGUCAAAGCUGUGGUUCAUUAUGUUGCAUACAGACUGGUAGUAUUUUUCCUUAUUCUGGCGAAAAACGCAUUGGCAAAAUAUCUGAAGACAGUUUCCAAGCCUGCGCCUGAUAAAAGAUCAAUAGGUACAUCAAGCAUGCAGCCAUACCCCUCCACGAUGACUUUUGAUUGAUUAUUUCAAUUUGAGCGCGUUGACCAUGGACACCCCAGUGAAUUCUUUUACUACCACAAGCGGUGCCGAAUUUAGUUGGCCUCAUUCAUCAUUUUCGAAAAUUUCUACACCAAGGCCACCACCGAAAAAUUCUGAUAGAAGAUUAUAUCUACCCAAGAUGGAUCCAGAUGAUUGUCGAUGUGAUGUCCAUAAAAUUGGAAAUCCUCUGACCAGAUACAAAGAAUUAACAAAAAAAGAGGCAGAUCUCUGUAAAGACAUCAAGCACGUAAAUCAAGAAUUGACAACAUUGAUGUGUGACAUGUUAGAAAAUCCCGAUAUGUCUGAAAUGAAAAGUGGUUAUCGGGCAGCUUAUGACGGUAACACAGAAGUUAGGAACUUCAAAUAUCGGACCUUAAUGGCAGCAGCGGAUUCACCCAUUAAGUCACCGAUUAAUUCUGCCGUUUCUCAGCUGCAAAGCGGAUAUAGGGAUCCAAUUAGGUUUCGAUAUAGUUCUGUUGGUGUCCCUGUUAUUGAACCUGCUGAACAUACUGAUUUGAGCCGAGACCCCAAAUCAUUGCACGCAUGGUCCCAACUCUACACAGGAAGAUCUGAAUAUAUGGACACUUUUUGUAAACUCGGACUCAGUAACCUGAAGAAUCAACAGCAAUAUUUGGAACCCCUGCCAUCAUCUCGAAGACAGUGGGGCGAUUGUAAAAUAUAGUGAAUUUUUGGAAAAAAUACAUAAUUAUUAAUGGUAUCACUACAGGAUGGUAAUCAGAUUAUAUUUUUUGUUACCUAACAUUCUAUUUCCGUCAUUUUU